AUGGAGACAAAACAAUAUUCUGCCUUGCGGCUGCGAAAGUUUCUUUUCGUGAUGGUGAUGGGAGCGCAAGGAUCAAGAGGAUCAUUCUCUGGCCGCAUCGGCGGCCGCAUCGGCGCGGUGUUGGUUGCGAUUGUUAUGAGCGGAGCGGCGCACGCAGCAGACAGCGUCGGCGCUGAAUCGGCCAAAGCCAAAUCAAAUUCACUCAUCGAGGAAAUGGUGGUCACCGCGCGAAAACGCAGCGAGCGCCUGCAGGAUGUGCCUGCAUCCGCCGCGUCCUUAAGUUCCGGUUUCAUCGAUGAUGUGGGCGGGGUCUCUAACCUGCGGGACAUCACCGACCUGGUUGUCGGUAUCAGCAUCAACGAGACCCAGGACGCAUCGCUUAUCGAGCCGACCAUUCGCGGUGCCGGUCAAGCCCGGAAUCGUGUCUCGGUCUCCGCCACCGGCCUCUACCGUAACGGCGCCUACUUCGCCACCAACAGUCUCGGUGGCAAGAAUUUCGCCCGCCUGGACACCUACGAUCUGGAACGGGUCGAAGUGCUGCGGGGACCUCAGGGCGCAUUGUAUGGCCGCAACGCGCUCGGCGGCUCCAUGAACAUGAUCAGCAAGAAGCCCACUGAUCAGUUCGAGAUCGAUCUUGGUGUGUCGCUCGGAGAAAAGGACCUGCAGCGUUACGAAGGGAAGCUCAAUCUCCCCAUUACCGACCAGUUCGCCAUCCGCGCCAGCCACCUCUACGAAGACCGCGACAAGGGUUUUUACAACGACGUCAACGGCGAUGAUGUGGAUCCAGAGAACUUCAACCACACCCGGAUCUCGUUGCGUUAUCAGCCCAGUGAACAAUGGGGUAUCAACUAUGUCUUCGACACCCAGAAAGAAGAGCUCGGUACUGCGGUUUGGGUGCGAUCGACGCUGACCCCUGAUCUGGAUGAUGCCUUCGACACCCCGAUCAAUACGCCGAACCAGUGGGACAACGACGUGGACAACCACAACUUGGUCAUCGACUGGACGCUCGGUGGCGGCGUGCUGACCAGCGUCAGCAACUACCGGGAACGGCAAAUCACCCACUCGCAGGACUGGGACCACUUUUUCCCCGCUCCGUUGAACGGGCUCCUCCGAGAGACCGUUACCCGGGUCGACAACGAGAUCUUCUUCCAGGAAAUCCGCUAUGUGGCCGAUGGCAGCGCCAACUUCAAUUGGCUGGUGGGCGUCGAUUACUUCAGUCAUGACAACGCGGAACGCGGCGACCAAUGGGGCGGACAGCUCUUUGCCAACGCGUUUAUGCGCACCUUGACUAUGUCCGCCGAUUCCUGGGCAGCGUUCGGCGUGGCCGAAUACACCUUCGAUUCGAUUCCACUGACCGUGACCGGUGAACUGCGCUACGCCGAGGACAAAAUCGAAGGCGGCGUGGUGGCCUACCGGGUCCGCGAUCAGCCCGGCGUGCCGGACAGGAACAAUCCGGUCAAUCCCGAGACGGAUUUCUUCAGCGACGACAAAUUCACCAAUCUGCCCUGGGCCGUGACCGCCGCCUACCGCUUCCCGGAACGAGAUCUCAUGAGCUACGUCAAGAUCGCCUCGUCCUAUCGCCAGGGCGGAAUCAACGAUUUCGCAGGAUCUCCCGGUCUGGAGCGCUUUCCCACCAGCUUGACGUAUGGUGAAGAAACUUCCAUGACCUACGAGCUUGGUCUCAAAUCGAGCUGGUUCGACCGGGCGCUGAGCGUCAACGCAGCCGUCUACUACACGGAAUACCAGGACUUCCUAAACACCUCCGACAACGGCUGCCCGAGCGACUGCCAGCUGGUGGACGUCAACGGCAACGGACUCGGCUUCAACCCGGACGGCAGCCGGGUGGGCGAAGACGCCAACGGCUUGCCCAUUCCGCCCAACGAAGAGGUACCGACGGCGUUUUUCAUCGAUAACGUGGGCAAAGCAGAUGCCUGGGGAUUCGAGAUCGAAGGCACCUAUCGCGCUCAGUUCGACUUCGGCGGCACCCUGCUGCUGAAUCUCGGCUAUGCGAAGGGUAAGGGUGAAGUGAAGAGUCUCGGCGACAACGUGUCCGCGGCCACCGCUGCGGAUGCAGAUGGCGCGAAACUGCCCUUCCUGCGGCCUAAUCAGAUCAAAGGCUCGGCCGUGUACCGGCAGAUGCUUGGUGGCUUGAGCAACGUGGCGGGCUUUGAUGGCGCGGCGCUGGUCGGCAGCCUGACCUACACCUACGAGGAAGGUGGUCAUGUAACUCUGACGAACACCGACCCGACUGCGCAGGACACGGUGAAGCGUUUAGGCGCGCGCAUCGGCCUGGAGACCAACAGCUGGUCGUUUUUCAUCAACGGCGACAACUUGACCGACUACUCUUACAAGACCUUCAAUGCCCCCGAUUUUGGCUUCUACACUCGCAACACACCCAGAUACAUCUAUGGGGAGUUCAUGCUGCUCACGACUCUCGCAGUGGCGGCGUUUGCCGCCACUUUGUCGCUGGCAGUACUCGCCGGCGAUGCGCCCAAUCCAAUGGUAGACGGCCUGAUGAAAGGCGACCUGAAUGCUGAUGGGGUGCUGACCGAAGAUGAAGUGCUGCCUGGGAUUUUCUCAUUGCUGGAUACCAACAAUGACGGUCGCGCCGAACGUGCUGAAGUGGAAGCCCUUUACUACAGAACCAUGAAUGCUGCCGAAAUCCGCACCAGCGCACCCGAGCGGCAAGGAAUGUCCGAAGAGCGUCUACAGCAAGUGGAGGAGCUGAACCGACGCUACACGGAUAGCGGAAAAAUCGCCGGUAUCCUGACUGCGGUGGUCAGAAACGGCAGGAUCGUGCACCAGAGUGCGGCUGGUGUGAAGGGUGUGGAUGAUCAGCGCACCAUCCAGAUGGACGAUCUGUUUCGUAUCCACUCCAUGACCAAACCCAUCACCGCUACCGCUGCGAUGCAACUCUAUGAGCAGGGUAAGUUUCAGCUUACCGAUCCGGUUUCGAAAUUCGUUCCUGAGCUGGCAAACCUCAACGUGUAUGAAGACGGCGAGUUGAGGCCGGCGGCACGAGGGAUGACCAUGCAACAACUGCUCAACCACACGGCCGGGUUUUCUUACGGCUUUGACCCGACUCAUCCGGUCGACAAGAUGUACGUCGAGGCGGACUUGUGGGGCGCGAAAGACCUGGACGACUUUAUCGCCAGGCUUGCCCAACUGCCGCUGAUGUUCGAGCCCGGUGAACGCUGGCAGUACUCGGUGGCGGUGGACGUAACCGGCUUAGUGGUGCAACGGUUGAGCGGUCAGCCGUUUGAUGAAUACCUCAAGGAGCACAUAUUCGAACCCCUGGAUAUGGUGGAUACCUCAUUCAGCGUGCCUGCAGACAAGGCGCAUCGAUUUCUGCCGAACCAUCUCCUCAACCAGGAAGGGGAGGCGGUCGCGAUGCAAGGCGCCGAAGAAUUGAUGCCGCAGGCACCAAGGAUACUGAAAAACUGCAAGGCCUUGUGCGACUAUGAGAACGUGACACUGUUUUCCGGUGGUGCUGGCCUCGUCUCUACAUUAAGGGAUUACGUGCGCUAUGCCGAAGCUAUGCGAGACGGAGAACUAGACGGUGUGCGGAUCCUCAGCCCGAAGACGGUGAAUUACAUGCGCGUGAAUCACCUGCCGCCCAACGUCGGGGGUGGUGGCAGUGGCGAACAACCUAACCUGGCGGGGGAUGCGCUCAUGGGUUUCGGUUUUGGACUCGGCUUUGGCUUGGUGACCAGCACCACUGAGCAGGGUGUAAUCGGCAGCGUCGGUCAGUACUACUGGGGCGGCGCCUCCGGAACGGUAUUUUGGAUCGAUCCGGUGGAGAACAUGGUGGUAGUCAGCAUGAUGCAACUCUUGGGCGGCUGGCGGUCCUACCGUCCGGAGCUCCGGGUGGCCACCUAUCAGGAUAUUGUGGUUAUUCCAAAUGCCGACAACACAGGCGAUUACCGACAGUCUGAUCCGGAAUUGGAGCCGCUGGUUGAGAUCAUGUCGAUGCAUGGCAAUUUCGAGUGGUUUGGUCGCAUGUACCUGAAACAUGGCCACCAGGUUGGUUUUGUUGCUGCAUCGGAUGAUCACCUUGCCAAGCCCGGAUACUCAAUUCCCUGGCGCGAUACAUUGGCUCAAAAGGGCGGUCUGGCUGGUGUCUGGGCUGGCGCGCGGACCAACGACGAGAUCUUCGAUGCCAUGCGUGGUCUGUCUACCUAUGCCAGCAGCGGCGAUCGCAUGCUCCUUGAUUUCAAAGUUAACGAUGCGCAUAUGGGGCAGAGAACGCCAUAUACGGAUGAGCGCCUGAUACACGGGCGAGUAGUGGGUACGGCACCGAUUCGCAACAUCACCGUGCUGAAAAACGACCGUGUUUUGUGGUCUGAGAAUUAUGAUCAGAUAGCGGAGUCUGAAGGUGCACACGAGCAUCUGGCUUUGUCUUUCAGUUCACAGUCGCACCCAGGUGAAGUUUCCGACAACCCUCGUGGAUGGCGUCAUUGGCACGGUGUUCUUCGUGUGCAAGGCGCAGAGGUGGUAACGGCUCAACUGGUUGAUGAACACAAUCGCAAUACCCAGAAACUUCAGCGAGAUGAAAAAAACGCGAAUCACUUUUACUUCAAGACACAAAGUCGUGGUGAUCACAGUUCGAUUGCCUUAACCCUGCGCAAUGUAAGUUCUGAUGGGCACCUCUUGUUAGAACUGGACGCUACUACAGAAACAGGUAGCGCUCCCCCAUUCCUGCGAGCGCCUAAAACGAUUCCGGGUCAAGAGGUGACGCUGAGAUUGUCUGAUCUGAAAUCGGGGACGCUACAGCAUCCCAUGCCUGUUGACAGCUUUGCUGACGCCGUAGAACUCACUCGCACGAAUCCGGCUGCACCACUGAACGUGGAAUUUGAGUUUAAUGACGAUACUGCGGCAGGACACGGAGACUACUAUUUCAUGCGGGUUCGUCAGGCCAACGAAGCCAUGGGUUGGUCCAGCCCGAUCUGGGUCGGCGGUCAUCCGACGCGUUAG